UGUCAUCUGAGAUCAUCAUUCUGAAUAUUUUAUAUUCCAGUUUCUUCGCUCGCUGCAACGAUCUCUUCUACACGAUUGUAUCCAUCCAAGUCAUCACAGCAGCUGGUUGCUUUAUUCUGACCAUGUUUGUGCUCCUUACCAGCGUUUGGCCUGGCGGCUGGGCUUAUGCAAUUGGUGUAGCUUCCAAUUUAUAUAUUUAUUGCAUACUCGGUACUUUGGUUGAAAAUUGUAACGAUGAUCUCAUCUAUGAGGUCUACAACAUAUCGUUCUACAAUCUGAAUGCUCGCCAGCAGCGUCAAGUUUUAUUCAUGUUAUGCAAAGCUCAAAGCACUGACAUGAUUCAGGUACUGGGUGUUAUGCCAUUGGCCGUAAGCACAGGUCUUAAGGUUAGCUACUACGUUCUUAACCAAACAAAUCUACACUUGAUAUUUAUUGAUACUUUAUCUCAAUCAGGUCACAAAGAGCAUUUAUAG